GCCUGUUUGGACAAAAAAUAAUUGUUCUCCGAGAAUACGUGAAUUCAACACUGCUAGAAAAUCCCUGCCAUCUGACGUAGAAGGAUUUAUAGGUUUAGUGGAAAUUGCUUUCCCCACUGUCCAGAUUAAAUACUGCAGGAUGAUUUUUUGUAUGAGUAAACAUCCUUCCAAGAACGAUCAGACCGAUAAUGUCUUAAAAAGAGGAACAGGAUCUACAUUUUUGUUUUCUUCUUUUUGUAUGGACUAUUUCUGGAUACAGAACCUUCAGGUUACAUGUUGACUGUCCAUAAAAUGCAUUUUAGCAUCUUCCUCCUGUUGUGGGGUUGGGUUUUAUCCACUGAAUGCAGAGCCCACAGACAAGGAAAGGAAAUACAUGAAGUAUACAAAAAAGGCAGCCGGCCGCAGCGGCAGCGACGGGAAGCCCACGGUGAAGGACACAAGCAAGGCAGCCCAAUCCUAAAACGAAGCCCUGACAUCACCAAAUCUCCCCUGACAAAGUCAGAGCAGCUGCUGCGAAUAGAUGACCAUGACUUCAGCAUGAGACCAGGGUUUGGAGGCCCUGCAAUUCCUGUUGGGGUGGAUGUCCAAGUUGAAAGUCUGGACAGCAUUUCUGAGGUGGACAUGGACUUUACCAUGACGCUUUACCUAAGGCACUACUGGAAAGAUGAGAGACUGUCCUUCCCCAGCACCAACAACCAAAGCAUGACCUUUGAUGGCAGGCUGGUGAAGAAAAUCUGGGUCCCUGACAUGUUCUUUGUCCACUCAAAGCGUUCUUUCAUCCAUGACACCACCACAGACAAUGUCAUGCUGCGGGUCCAGCCGGAUGGGAAGGUACUUUACAGCCUCAGAGUUACGGUAACGGCAAUGUGCAACAUGGAUUUUAGUCGCUUCCCACUGGACACACAGACAUGUUCCCUGGAGAUUGAAAGCUAUGCCUACACUGAAGAUGACCUUAUGCUCUACUGGAAGAAUGGGAACGAUUCCCUAAAAACAGAUGAGAGGAUAUCGCUGUCCCAGUUCCUGAUCCAGGAGUUUCACACCACCACCAAGCUCGCCUUUUACAGCAGCACAGGGUGGUACAAUCGCCUCUACAUAAACUUCACUUUACGCCGACACAUCUUCUUCUUCUUGCUCCAAACCUACUUCCCCGCCACCCUCAUGGUCAUGUUGUCCUGGGUGUCCUUCUGGAUCGACCGACGAGCAGUUCCUGCCAGAGUCCCAUUAGGGAUAACCACUGUGCUGACCAUGUCCACGAUCAUCACUGGGGUGAACGCCUCCAUGCCUCGUGUUUCCUACAUCAAAGCAGUGGACAUUUACCUGUGGGUCAGUUUUGUGUUUGUUUUCCUCUCGGUGCUGGAAUACGCGGCUGUGAAUUACCUGACUACAGUGCAGGAGCGGAAGGAGAGGAAACUGCGGGACAAGCUUCCCUGUGCAUGCAGCCUACCUCAGCCCCGGCCCGUGAUGAUGGACGGGAGUUACAACGACGGGGAUGUGAAUGAACUGGGGAACUACAUGUCUGAGAAUGGAGACAAACAAGACCGAAUGAUGGUGCAGCUGGCACUGGGGUCUGAGAGGGGCUCAGGCAGGAGGAAAAACCAGAGAUACGUCAGCAUGCGGAUCGACACUCAUGCCAUUGACAAGUACUCCCGGAUAAUAUUCCCUGGUGCAUACAUCCUAUUUAACUUGAUAUACUGGUCCAUUUUUUCAUAAACAUACCUAACUCCUGUAGUCACAGAGCAUUGUGACAUUCGAUGAAAGUACAGUCUCAUAGGCUAACAGAUAAAACUCACUUGUGGCAUGAAUAAUUGUGCGAGUUAUUGUGCAUUUCAGCAAAAUAGAGGUGAUACGAUCGGAAGUUUUAUACUUACUUAAAGCUGUGCUACGUUCUUUCUUGUGCCUCAUAGGCCACUGUAAACUAUUUUAAUAAGCGACUAUAAUUACCAGUUGCUUAUAUAUAGUGCAUCCUCCAUUUAGUGCUCCUGAGAUCCUAAUUCUUCAAGUACCCGAGCAUGUGCAUGCAUCUUUCAACUCAGCAGACUUCUACACAUUCAACAACAGUAAAAGCAAGAAUAUGCAAAUACUUGCAUGCUUGCAGGAUGAGGUCAGAAACGGCCAUUACAAACACAAAACAUCCAGUGCUGGAAAACACUUCGACAAUGUUAUUGCUAGCUACAGCUUGCUUUCACUGCUUAAUGCAUGCUGCCCUCACAGUACUGUGCUGGCAAGUCCACAUAGGAAUACUUUCAGACUUGUGCUUUGUCCUGAUCGUAUUUAAAAGAAAGAAAUCUCACCAAGCUAUUUUGACUAUCUUUUUAAAGUAUGACUGGCAAUGUACAUUCACUAAGGAACAGCGCUAAUCAAGUCUUCUGGGAACACAGGAGCUCUCCUUGGAUCUGCUUGUUUGAGUCAGUGGGAGUUUUCUUCUUGGGUUUCCUGGGAAAGGAAACAGGUCUCUGUACAAAAUGACCCAGUGAAGACAACCAGGUGUCUACAAAGAGUAAAACUACUCUGCAAGAAGCCCAUUUUCUCUGAGAUAGUCUGGGCGUUACUGGUCUGUACAGCCUGAGAACCUGUUGCAGCCUGUAAAGCCACUAGUUGUAUUUGCUUCCAGGAAAAGCCUGGUUCAUCUGGGUUUUAGUAAAAGCACAGUAGAAAGGGGCUUAACAGGUGACAAAGCAGUAGUAAGGACUUUAUAUUUGAGUUACUAAAGAUACCAUGCCAAAAACUUCAGAGUGAAGUAAAAAAGAACUUCCACCACGAGGCAGCAGCUCCACUGCAGACCCAGGUACAUCUAACUGAGGACUCUGCUUCCAUGCUGCAUCUGUCUCCCUGUCACCCUGCAGCCCUCUGUGCCCUUAAAGCAGGCCCAGCAUUUUCCAGGGCAGGAGAAAAGAGACGCAGCUGGAGCUGGGGGCACUUGGCAUUGACUCAAGUCCUAGCUCUCCAUCACGGUUUCUGCAGAGCAGCCAGUCAGUAGAAAUAUUCCAUAUGGAAGAGGCAAACUCUGCAAUGUGAAAGUAAUAAAAUAGCUCAGGAAGACAAGAAUCAGUUGAAUGGGAUCAGGGGCCUUUACAAUAAGAGGAGCACCAAAGGUGUCUCAGAAAGCGUGGUGUAUAGCAUAUCUGCUGCCAUGUGCUGUACAACUACAUCCAGAAAGCUAACAGACGGCUUGGGUGAACAGGACUUUAAACACACACACAAUUUUGUAUGCAGUUACCAAGUUCUUUACUCCCUGCACAGCAGCUGCUGUUGUCUCUGACAGAGGUAGCUGCUCUGAGAAUCGGACCAAAGCAGUUGUGUCUCUAAAAGGAAAGUGAAUCUUCUGACAUGAGACCUGCCCUAGCCUGGCUAAUCAGCCACUCUACCAUCAGGCUCGUGACACAGACUUUGCGGCUAUUUGAACACUGCUGGCUGUUGCUUUAAUUUCCUAUGUAAAUAAGCAUCACGUAAACAUACGCAGCCUUUCUUACAACUGCUAAAAUCAUGAUGUGCAAAACAAGCUAUGCUCACCUUGCCCUUACAGCCUACACUCCAUAGGUGACACAAUGAAAUCACAAAAGCUAAAAGCCAUUAAAACACACGCAUCCAUGAGAUAGUUUUAGUACUCAUUUCUACAUAGCUGCUUUUUUUCCCCCCACAUACACAUACUUGGUUUCAUUUUAUCAAGUUUCCUCCAUAUCAUAUUAUUCUUCAGUAGG